CGACGGUCUAUUUCAUCGAUGGUCACACGCUUGACAACUCGGUUGCUAAGAAAAAGUUAAUGUUAAUUUUUUUUACAAGAUCGUGAGUGCGAGUGGCCAACCAACAAUAAAAGGAUUGUCGAGAUUGCUCCGCGCAACUCACCGGAAAGAGAGCGCCAAGACCCCAGGGACGCCUGUGCCUGUGCCGUGACCGAUACCACACAUUCUCCCAGCCGACGACGCCGACGGCGACGGCGACGCCAACCCCCUCAACACCAGCAAAAUGUCCGACUUCAGCGACUUGGACCGCCAAAUUGAGCAACUGAAGCGCUGUGAAAUCAUCAAAGAGAAUGAGGUGAAGGGCCUGUGCGCCAAGGCUCGCGAGAUUCUCGUCGAGGAGGGGAACGUGCAGCGUGUGGACUCGCCGGUGACGGUGUGCGGCGACAUACACGGCCAGUUCUACGAUUUGAAGGAGCUUUUCAAGGUGGGCGGCGAUGUGCCCGAGAAGAACUACCUGUUCAUGGGUGACUUUGUGGACCGCGGAUACUACAGCGUUGAAACAUUCCUGCUCCUGCUGGCCCUCAAAGUGCGCUAUCCGGAUCGCAUCACAUUGAUACGCGGCAAUCACGAAUCUCGCCAGAUCACCCAGGUGUACGGCUUCUACGAUGAAUGUCUCCGCAAAUACGGCUCCACAGCCGUAUGGCGCUACUGCACGGAGAUCUUUGACUACCUCAGCCUGUCGGCCAUCAUCGACGGCAAGAUAUUCUGCGUCCACGGCGGCCUCUCGCCCUCCAUUCAGUAUUUGGAUCAGAUCCGCAGCAUCGAUCGCAAGCAGGAGGUGCCCCACGACGGACCCAUGUGCGAUCUGCUGUGGAGCGAUCCCGAAGAUCAGACCGGCUGGGGUGUAUCGCCACGCGGUGCCGGCUAUCUCUUCGGCUCGGACGUUGUCUCACAGUUUAACAGGACCAACGAGAUCGAUAUGAUAUGCCGGGCCCAUCAGCUGGUCAUGGAGGGGUUCAAAUGGCAUUUCAACGAAACCGUCUUGACCGUGUGGUCGGCGCCAAACUAUUGCUACCGUUGCGGCAAUGUGGCUGCUAUUUUGGAACUGAACGAGUACCUGCAUCGUGACUUUGUCAUCUUCGAGGCGGCACCACAGGAGAGCCGGGGCAUACCUUCAAAGAAGCCCCAGGCUGACUAUUUUCUCUAAGACUACAGCCGCAACCACAGCCACAGCCAGAGCACCACCGCUGCCUGUAACAUCAACUACCAUCAGAGCUCCUCCUAACUUAUCCAUUGUGGGACGGUGCAUGUGUGUGUGUGUGUGUGUGUGUGGCAUGAAACGCCUCGAUUUUGUUAGCCGGAAAACAACUAAGAAGAAAAUGGGAACGAAAAUGACCUACUUACUGCCUGCCUAACCAAGCAAACAACAAACUGGAGAAGCAAUUGCGAAAUGCAAAAGAAGAAUCAAUUUUUAGACUAGGUUUAACCAAGGAGAUCGUCCCAGUCGUGGAUGGAGCACCCGUAGCCCCGCAGCAGACAGACAGAAACAGAAAGAAAAGAGCGAAAACAUCGCCUUCCAAAAAAUGUAACUUCAGUUCCAUAGUCUUAUGUUUUGAGUUGUUUUUUUUGUUUUUUUUUUUAUGUGCUCCUCCGUCAUCGUUUUCCAUACAUUUUUUUUUGAACAAAACAAAGUUCGUGUGCGUGUAUGUCAGUUGGCAUGUGCGUGUGCGUGUGUGUGUGUGUGUGUGUGUGUGGGCGCAUCCUAGAGACCAAUAGAGCGAUCCUGAAGCGCGCAAGGAUAGUGCGCAUUAAAUGUAAGCUAAUGACUAAUACAACUUGGAUAAGCCAGGCCUCCAGCUCUAGUGAAUUCGCCUGGUGAAGGCAGCGACGAGACGCGACGCUGUCUUGAGCACGCGAAUUCGAUCGAAGCGGCUGGCAGGCAACGUACUAUAAAAUCCCAUAUAAAUACUAGA